UGGCAGAAUAUAAGCAUGAUAAGUUAUUUUAAUGAUUAUGCAAAUCUGUGUUUCGAGAAGUUCGGUGAUCGUGUGAAAUACUGGAUUACUUUUAAUAACCCUUGGGCAGUUGCUGAAGAGGGCUAUGAGACAGGAGAGCAUGCACCAGGACUGAAGCUCAGUGGAAUAGGGGCAUACAAAGCAGCACAUCAUAUAAUUAAAACUCAUGCAAAGGUCUGGCAUUCUUAUAAUAAGACAUGGCGUAGCAAGCAACAAGGUAUGGUUGGAAUUUCUUUAACUAGUGCCUGGGGUGAACCUGUUGAUCUAACUAGCCAGAAGGACAUUGAAGCUUCUGAAAGAUACGUACAGUUUUACUUGGGAUGGUUUGCAAAUCCUAUUUACAGUGGAGAUUAUCCUGAAAUUAUGAAGAAUUAUGUAGAUAAAAAGAGUGUUCAACAAGGCCUGGGCACAUCAAUAUUACCAACCUUCUCAGUGCAAGAAAAAAGCUACAUCAAGGGUACAUCUGAUUUCCUGGGAUUAAGUCAUUUUACCACUCGUUACAUCAUACAGAAAAAUUAUUCUGCCCUCAAAGGGCCCAGUUACCACACUGAUCGUGAUUUGGCAGAACUGGUUGAUCCAAAGUGGCCAGAUCCAGGAUCUAAAUGGCUAUAUUCUGUGCCCUGGGGAUUUAGAAGGUUACUGAACUUCAUUAAGACACAGUAUGGGAAUCCUCUCAUUUACGUAACAGAGAAUGGAGUAUCAGAAAAGCUGCAGUGUACUCAGUUGUGUGAUGAAUGGAGAAUUGAAUAUCUGAAAGGGUAUAUUAAUGAGAUGCUAAAAGCCAUAAACGAUGGCGUUAAUGUAAAGGGUUACACUGUCUGGUCUCUGCUGGAUAAAUUUGAAUGGAAUAAAGGUUAUUCUGAAAGAUUUGGAUUAUACCAUGUUGACUUUAAAAAGGGGAAUAAACCCCGAUACCCAAAGGCAUCUGUUCACUAUUACAAGAUGAUCAUCAGUGCAAAUGGAUUCCCAAAUCCAAGAGAGGUGAAAAGUUGGCACCAAAAGGCCAUAGAGACUUGUUCUAUCACAAACCGACUCCUUGCUGCAGAUCCCUUGACUACUCACAUGGAAAUGGUGACUGAGAUUGUUGUGCCAACGGUGUUCACACUCUGCAUACUUAUCAGUGCCAUUCUAUUAAUGUUCCUCCUUCGGAAGCGCAACUAA